AUGUGCAGCAGCGUGUACAUGGUAUCCGACGUGUGCAUAAAGGGCCGUGGGACGGUGGCGGUAGACAAUGCCUAUUCGCGGGCGGACUGGAAGACGACAAAGUCGUUUUCGGAAACGUUAAAGCACAGAAAGUCGAAGCAAUUCAAGCGUUGUUUCUACACGUUUCCCACACAGUGUAUGUUGGAAUGGAGAUUGGGUGUGGCUGUUCGUGCAUACAGCGGAACGCCGAAGGCACCGUCCGGGGGUCCACUAUCCGGAAUGGAAACGUUAAAGCACAGAAAGUCGAAGCAAUUCAAGCGUUGUUUCUACACGUUUCCCACACAGUGUAUGUUGGAAUGGAGAUUGGGUGUGGCUGUUCGUGCAUACAGCGGAACGCCGAAGGCACCGUCCGGGGGUCCACUAUCCGGAAUGGGUCGUUUCCGCAACGUGAUGGAGGUUGCGCGACCUGCGCAACCAGUUAUGGUUGUGGAGCAUACUGUGUAG